UGUCUUUCGUUCACAGUUCCCGUUCCUUGCAAUGGUUAACAUGCGUUGUCUGAGCAUCCUCGCUCUUUGCUUCAUCGCCGUGCAGGCUCAGGAGCUCGACCCCCUAAGUUUCCCUGAAUGCGUCCAGAUGAGUCUCAGUGAGCAGCUUGCCAGCUACCGCGAGGAAUUCAACAACCGUCUGGGGAAAACGCUCGAUGCGGCAAGCCCGGCCGCGAAAGAAAUCCGGGACGUGUUCAAUCAGCACCUCACGGAUUUCGCCCGAGCAAUUUACGACCCUAUCGAGUUCUCUGAACAGAGAUACCAAGAAUGUAUUCGGAACUCUAAUGGUUUCUUCGACCGAGCAAGAUGUGUCGUCCUAACUGGACGAGACAUCGCCAACGCGUUGCUACCUCUCAUUAUCGAGCGCGCAGGCGAGUUCGGUAGUGCCGUCCAGGAAAUCGUCAGUAACAUCGGUACGGAACAGAGCAACAAUACCAUGGCUCAGAGGUGA